AUGGAUCGUCAAGUACCCCUACCUCGUUUUCGCUUGGAUUCGGACUCUUCUAACGAACAAAACCCAUCGAAUCAACGCUCCAUCUCACAUGUCAAUCCACGAUCUCAAAUUCGCACACGUCAGUCGCCUUGUUCAGAUCUACAAAGCACGACUAUUCCCGAAGAACAUAUCUAUAAUGGUGAUCAUCAAUCAAGUGUACUAACCGAUCAAUCUUGUUCGAAGAAUGUCGAGAAUUCCAAGACAGGCUUAGAUCAUCAACGAUUAUCAAAAGGUGACAGUAUCAAAUUAUGUCGACAACGUUGUCAAUCACAUUAUAAAUCAUUAGAUGCGACACAAAUAUCAUCGUUCGCUUCGCUUAAACUGACUGCUAACCACCGUAAAACCAACGAUGGUGAUGAAGGAGAACAAGAAGAGGGGGAGGAGGAGGAAGAUGAUGAAAUCAUUUAUCGACCACCGCCAAGAACUAAGUAUCGAUAUUCGUUACCCGACGCAUCGCCCGCAACACUAGCCCUACGAAAUAUUCUUAAACGUAAUAAAACAUUAAAAUCGAGUUGUUUUGGUCAUGGUUUACCAUCGAACUCAUCACAUUCCUUAUCUAUGUCAUUAUCGAACGCGAAUGCGUCUUCUUCUUCUUCAUCUUCACCUAUCUCAACAUUCCGUAAUUUUCUCUCUCUAGUGAAAAUACCUUCAAGUAAAUCGAAUACGAAUUCGACAACAUCUCAUCAUUCAAGUUUAACAACAUUAACCAAUGCAACGGGUAGUUCAUCAACAACACUUAAUCAGCCAAUCCUAUCGAUUCCAUCAACGAUGCUGUGGCAUUUUGAGACGGAUAAAACGCAAUGGUGUUCAGCGGACAGUAUAAGUAAAAUAAGUCUGGGUGCAAUUGAAUUGCAUAAUUUAACACACGCGGAAUAUAAACAACUGAAACGGAUUGUUUUGCAACGCUUGCAAUCGACACAAUACGACCUUGGGGUAACAAUCCAUGUGCCUAAAGAAGAAAUCGUGAGAAAACGUCGACAUCAUUUUAUCUUUCGGAGUAAAUCCAAUGAAAAAUCCAAAGAUGCCAAAGAUACGAAAUCCAAUGGGAAUGUCUUUGGUGUUGCAUUAUCGCAGUGUAUAAAUGAUGAUGAUUCUCAUCUACAGGAUGAAAUUCUCCCCACGCCUACAACCGAUGCUUGUGGCACAAAUCGAAAAUUCAGUGCUGAUGCGAUCGAUAUCUCACCGCACGCAACGAAAACAAGUCCGACGGGUAGUGUGUCGUCCGCAAAUGACAGUGGAUGCUUAAUAUCACCAGCUAGUCCAAGUAGUUUACAUAUUUCAGAUUCGGAUUAUGAACAAAGUAAAUUUCGGUCUGUAUCGUUGGAAGUCUUAGGGUCAAAUGAACCAUGCUCGGGAAUGAGUCGAAUCAAAACGUUGAGAUGUUAUCCUGCGAAAGUACCGGACUUAAUCAAAAAUUGUUGUGAUUAUUUAGAAAAAAACGGUUUACAAACUGUCGGAUUAUUCCGCGUAGGCGUGUCGAAAAAGCGUUUAAAAGAAUUAAAAGAUCAAAUAAACUCCAAUCGAAGUUUAACAUUCGAUGCGACGACGAAUGCACACGACAUUGCCGGCUUAAUCAAAGAAUUUCUACGUGAAUUACCUGAACCGUUAUUAACUCGCGACCUAUGCGCUCCAUUUCUCAAUAUUCGAACAAAACUUCAUCCAAAAGAUCAAUUACGUGCACUUGCCUAUCUUAUUUGUCUAUUACCUUCAUCGAAUCGUGAUACCCUGUACACGCUAUUAAAAUUUCUGUAUCAUAUUUCAUUAAACUCGCAAGAUCGAUGCUCGAUUGACGGUAAAGUUCUCGUACCGGGAAAUAAAAUGGACGCAGCAAAUCUGGCGAUCGUUUUUGCACCAACGGUGCUUAUGGAUGGUAAAGCGCCAGCUAUGUCAAAUAAAGAAACGAGCAUGGCAAUGACAGCUGAUCAAAUGGAACAAGGAAAAAGUAUCUUAAAAAUGAUGAUCGAACAAUACAAAGAACUCUUCAUAAUUCCGAAGGAAUUACAUGACGAAAUUUGUCUUGGCUUGUAUGAAGAUGAUCCGAAUAAAUUGAUGCGAGCAUUGGGAUUUAAAAUUCAGCAAGGUUGCGGAAUAAGCUCGAUUCAAUUAGACGAUGAAAACGAACAAUUAUUGAUGUCAAUAGAUGUGACACCAAUCACAUGUGAAAUCUCAAGUUCAAACAAUAGUUUAUUCAAUGCUUUGAUUCCUCGAAUGAAUCAACAGCAAUUACACGAUGCGCCUCCUCGUCGUUACAAUCUUCGACGAAAUUCCGAUUUCCCAUGCACAUCAAAUCAUACAUCACGAUCAUCGGAAUACCUACAAGUACCAAUGUCCUCAUCUCAACAACGUUUAGUCAACUCAAAUCCUCCUUCACUUUCAAAAUUACCUCGCGUACGUGACAUUCGGGAAGCUAGUAUGGAUCAAAUCAUUUUUCGAGUCAUUGAUCCACUAUUUUCUGUAACCCCACGACCGAGUGAGCCGAUUAUCAACGUUAGUUCAUUUGAGGAAGGAGCAACAGUUCGUCGUCCAACUUCGCUCGAAGUUCAAGAAUCACCGAUAACGCCGACGCCUUCUCCAUCUCAACAACCUGCUCCAUUAUUACGUGAGAUAAGACCAUAUGCACGUUCCAAAACAGCUCCAUUAUCUUCGGUGUCCGGUGCACAACAAUUUCUCACUCCGAAGAAAUGCGAAGCACGUGAUCUUUGCGGUUCAAGUUCAAACGAUGAGUCACCAACACUCUCAACCGGGCAUGAUAACAAUCCUAUUUAA